AUUUUUAAGUCAGACACUUUGCGACUCGUACAUCCAUCUAUCUAUCCAACCCCUCACUCCCCUUCCUCUUUUUGUCCUCGCUUUUCAAACACAGAUUGGGUCUCGCUGCCAGUGUAAAAGUAGUGGCGGUGAGUUUUAAAAUCCAGCAUAAGUAUUCUGGGUCUUUCGUUCCCUUCAUAGAAGCAUCAGACAUCCUGCUCUAUCUCUACCUAGCCACAACCUAAAAACAAACCCGCGCGGGUUUCAAGACUAGAACCACCCAUCAUGAGUGGUUCCCGUCCUUCAUCAGUCUCCUCAGAGGCCUCAGUAGGUCGAGGUGUCGAUUCCUCCAACUCAACACUGCAAGAGCAGCAGCCAGCAAUAAUAGCAUCCGCACAAGAAAAGGACAUCCCAACAACAUCACCUAGCAAUGAUUCUCACUACCGGCCGGGCCCCCCCAUAGCCGGGAACGAGCCACCGGACAGCCAAGAAGACCCCCGUCCGGGCCCGUACCCGAAUCCAAACCCGGACCCAGACCCCGACCUAUUAUCCUCCUCAGACACCAACACCAACCCCGACCCCGACCUCGACCCCGAAGCCAGCCUCACCCGCCUCCCCUCCGGGCCCGCCUACACCGUCUUCCCCCCCUCCACCCGCAAAUGGAUCGUAACCAUGAUCACCUUCGCCGGCUUCAUCUCUCCCAUGACGGCCAACAUCUAUUUCCCCGUUCUCGACGCCGUCGCCACCGACUUGUCGGUCUCCAUCAGCAAAGCCAACCUGACACUAACAACCUACAUGAUCAUGCAAGCCUUUUCGCCCACCUUGUACGGCGACUUCGGGAACGCGGCCGGUCGCAGACCGGCUUUUAUUAUAUCCUUUUUGGUUUACAUUGCCGCCAACUUGGGAUUGGCGCUGCUGCAAAAGAAUUACGCGGCGCUGUUGGUGUUGAGGAUGGUGCAGAGUUUUGGGUCCAGUGGGAGCUUGGCGCUUUGUUAUGCGGUGGUGGCUGAUGUCGCGGUGUCGGCGGAGAGGGGCAAGUACAUGGGUUUUGUAAGUGCGGGGACCAACGUCGGGCCGUCGUUGAGUCCGGUGAUUGGCGGGCUGAUAGGGCAGUAUCUGGGGUGGCACGCCAUCUUUUGGUUUUGUCUGAUUUAUACCGGGGUGUGGCUGGUGCCGUAUGUUUUGCUGGUGCCGGAGACGUGCAGGAAUGUGGUGGGUAAUGGGUCGGUGAAGCCGCAGGCGUGGUGGAAUAUGACGAAGGCGAGGAAGACUGCGAGACCGAAGUUGAGGUUUCCGAAUCCGUUUAAUACGCUGAGGGUGGUGUUCAACCCGGACCUGGGCCUGCUGAUUUCGUACGGAACGAUCGUUUACCUGGUUUUUAUCCUCAUCUGCGUCACGCUGGGCACCCAGUUCGCCGAUCGGUACGGGUACGACCAGCUCGAGACGGGACUGUGUUAUUUGCCGUAUGGCAUCGGCUGCACCGUCGCCGCUGUCGUGCAGGGCAGGAUCCUGGAUUGGAAUUAUCGCCGCUUGGCCAAGAAGACGGGCAUGACGAUCGACUACAAGCGCGGCGACGACCUGUCCAAGUUCCCGAUCGAGAAGGCCAGGUUGCAACCUGUUAUUCCCAUCUUGGGUGUUGCGACGAUCGGAUACGCCUGGGCACUCGAGACUACCACGCAUGUGGCCGGCCCGUUGGUGCUGUUGUUCGUUGUCGGCUUGUGUGUCACGGGGAGUUUCAGUCUGGUGAAUACCCUCGUCGUGGACUUGUACCCGGAGGCGCCGGCGACGGCGGUGGCGGCGACGAACUUGGUCAGGUGCUUGUGCGGCGCGGGGGCGACGGCGUUUAUCGAUGCCAUGUUGCAGAUGAUGGGCGUGGGCUGGACGUUCACGUUUUGGCCGCUGGUGGUGGUGGUGGGACCCGGUCGACAGCCAGCUCUCCCCAUCAUCAUCAACAAGGAAUCCAACAACUAG